CGUGUCUAUUCUGGGAAGAUUGUAAAGGUUAAUUUCGGUCGUUUGCCAGCCUUGCUCUCAUCUCCAGUCGGCAUGUCCUGACCAGGACAUUUUUACGCAUAAUCCUUUAAUAUAUUCCAGAACAUCUAGGAUGAAUAAUCAGAGUAGUCUGGCGGAAGAUAGUGCCGAAAGGUCAAGUCGGCAAGUACAGAUCUAUGUACUGUUUACGCUGGCUGGCCUGGCGGCUGUGGGCAAUGUAGCCAUUAUGAGUGCGUUAUGCCGGAAGCGUCACAAGUCGCGGUCAUUUAGUAAUAUCAAUUUUUUGAUUCUGCAACUGGCGAUCAGUGAUACGUUAGUGGCGGCGUUUUGUCUGUUGGCUGACGGAAUCUGGAAAUCCACUUACCAGUGGCUAGCUGGGGAUUUCAUGUGUAAAUUUGUCAAGUACAUGCAGAUGUUUGCACUGUACACUAGCACUUUCAUAAUCGUCACCAUAGGUGUUGACCGUUGCGUGGCCAUUCGUUGCGCUAUCACCAGAUUUGACCAUCAACGUCUUGUAAGAUAUUUGUCUACUGCGGCAUGGAUUUCCGCUGGAUUUUGCAGUCUUCCUCAGAUUUUUAUUUUUCGGAUUUUAAGGGCACCCUUUACUAUUGAAUCAGGAAGAUUUGAGCAGUGCGUGACAUACGGCGCUUAUACGAAGGACUGGCAGGAACCAGCCUAUAUCAUUUUUACCUUCUGUGCCAUGUUUGCUAUUCCAUUACUGCUAAUUAUUAUCAGCUAUACGUUGAUAUUUGUGAAAAUCAAAAGGGAGUCUGGUCCACAAUCAAGUAUUAAUUCAUCAGCCGACUGCAGCCGUGUUAAUUCGUUCAGCUGUAACACAGCUGAAAAGCGGGAUAUUCGGAUGCGGAAGGCCAAAACCAAAGCCUUAUGCGUUUCCAUUUUGGUUAUCGUCACAUUUCUUUUGUGCUGGGCUCCCUACUAUGUCUCCGUGCUGUAUUACGUGAUACUAAGUUACUCAAGUGACGGACAACCCGCCGCUGCCUACCACCUCUUUCAAGUUAUCUUUUUCUUUGGCAUGAGCAAUUCUGUGUUAAAUCCAAUUGUCUACGGGGCAUUCCACAUGGCUCAUCGUUCACAAUUAGCCUGGCGCAAAUGGCAUCGGCGCAGUUUUCCCCAUGCACAGUCUUCAACAAAUCACGUGCUGGGCGAUCCCGAUUCCUAUUCCCUUGUUUUCAGUCCGUUGAUGCGUGUUAAUACUCUAUCAAGUUACACGUAUACGGCGUGUAAGGCUUCCCCCAAAAUCCAACAUGUACCCCUUAGUGCAAAGAGCGCUGUGGGAUACACGUCCAGUCUCGAUAUUUAAUUAUCAGCUCUACCGCCAAGUGCCAACCAAUGUACGCCGCAAUUUCCCGGCCGACCGGAUCAAAGGUCAAAGCCCGGUCAUCUUUACAAACUCUUUCACGAAGUAUGCGUGUGCGCUGCAUAUUAUAGAUAUAAACGUUUUUGUAUUUGUUACAAAUGUUACUUUAUAUAGAUCUUGUAUUUUUGUGCAUUCGUCUCUGGUGUGCAGUCCGCACGUGCUCGUGUACAGUUACGUAUACUUCAAAAGUACGGUAUUUUGGGUUUGGCAUAUAUUCAAUGUAUUACAGAUGCGGUGAUCGCAACACAUAUUAGUUGUUCCCUGUUUCGUACAAAUUAACAAGGAUAUAUGUCGGACAGUGACCAA